CGAAGGAGAGGUUUUUCCUCCUGGUGCUACUCUUGCAGCUUCUCCUCCUGCCUCCUCUCCUCUCCUCUUCUUCAUCCUCUCCUCCUCUUCGUCGGGCCGCUCCCGUGCGCGCGCUCUCAUCCACAGGAGGGAUUCUGUCACGAAAACAUCCGAACCGGUCCGGACCUCCUUUGGCGACCAUCAGCGGCAGUGAGCCCCAGCUGUGGCCGGUGGGCAUGGUUUUGGAGGGCAGCUCAGAGGCGCUGUGUCCCCCCCCAUCUCUGGAGCUGCGCCCGUCCUGCAACAAGAGCCAGCCCUCCCCGCCUCUGGGCUCCAGCUCCCAGCCCCACGACGGAGUCUUCCCCGAGGACAAGGAGCCCGUCAAGUACGGGGAGCUCAUCGUUUUGGGACACAAUGGCUCUCUGGCCAACGGUGACAAAGGCCGCAGAAGAAGUCGUCUGGCACUUUACAAGAGACCCAAAGCCAACGGGGUCAAACCUGAUGUCAUCCACAAUGUCUCCACUCCUCUGGUGUCAAAGGCACUCAGCAACAAGAGCCAGCACAGCAUCUCCUACACACUGUCCCGGAGCCACUCCGUCAUCGUGGAGUACACCCAUGACACCAACACAGACAUGUUCCAGAUUGGCCGGUCCACAGAGAGCAUGAUCGACUUCGUGGUGACGGACACGGCGGGCAGCGGCAGCAGCGGCGGCGGCGGCGGCGGAGGCGGAGGGGGGGGGCAGGGCGGCGUGGCGGCGGGGGAGGGCGGAGGCGGGGGCCAGUCGGCCCAGAGCACCAUCUCCCGCUACGCCUGCCGCAUCAUGUGCGAGCGCAGCGCUCCGUACACCGCCCGCAUCUACGCCGCCGGCUUCGACUCCUCCAAGAACAUCUUCCUGGGGGAGCGAGCCGCCAAGUGGAGGACGUCGGACGGCCUGAUGGACGGCCUGACCACCAACGGCGUGCUGGUGAUGCAUCCGGCCGGCGAGUUCGUGUCCGAGCCGGCGCCCGGCGUCUGGAGGGAAAUCUCCGUCUGCGGCAACGUGUUCGCCCUGAGGGAGACCCGGUCCGCCCAGCAGAGGGGCAAACUGGUCGAGAAUGAGUCCAACACCCUCCAGGACGGCUCUCUGAUCGACCUGUGCGGCGCCACCCUGCUGUGGCGGACCCCCGCCGGCCUGCGCCACACCCCCACCCUCAAGCAGCUGGAGUCCCUGCGGCAGGAGCUGAACGCCGCCCGGCCCCAGUGCCCGGUGGGCUUCAACACGCUGGCCUUCCCCAGCCUGGCGCAGCGCGAGAUCGUGGACAAGAAGCAGCCCUGGGUCUACGUCAACUGCGGCCACGUGCACGGCUACCACAACUGGGGCUACCGCAAGGAGAAGGGCCCGGCCGGCCCGGGGGGCACGGCCCCGGCCAGCACCGGCGAGAGGGAGUGCCCCAUGUGCCGCAGGGUGGGCCCCUAUGUGCCACUGUGGCUGGGCUGCGAGGGCGGACUGUACCUGGACGCCGGGCCGCCCACCCACGCCUUCUGCCCCUGCGGCCACGUGUGCUCGGAAAAGACAGUGGCGGGCUGGAGCCAGAUCCCGCUGCCCCACGGCACCCACGCCUUCCACGCCGCCUGCCCCUUCUGCGGCACCUGGCUGACGGGCGAGCAGGGCCACAUCAAACUCAUCUUCCAAGGCCCCGUCGACUGAAGCCCCCGGGUCGGGGGGGGG